GGGCGGGCGCGCGGGGCGAGCGGGCCUGCGCCGGGGGUCUGUUUACCGCCUCAAGAUGGCCGUGUGUGUGGCUUUGUUCUGUGGGCCGCGCGCGCGGCGAUGGCGGGCCCGGGCCGGACGCUUCUCGGCCGGGAGCCGCACGCGGGUCCGCGGCCGGCCUGGCGUGGGGGGCGUCCCCCCCCCCCCCCGCUGCCCACGGGUCGUCCCCGCUGCGAGCUCCGCGGCCUCUGGGCCCCAUCCUCGGGCUCGCCCAGGGCCGCCCGCAACUUCCCGGCCUUGCGCGGAGGGGGCGGCCCGGGCUCGCGGGGGCAGCGAGCGGGUGGCGGGUGGAGCCGAACCUCGGCACGGGCGGGCUGCCUCGUGCGACGCUUCUCGGUGGGAGACGAAUGUCAAGCGUUCCAUCGGGGUGGGCUCCGAUCUCCCCCGGAGACGGAAUCUGCGACGGGGCUGUUUAAUAACUCGCCCCGUUUUUACCUGCGUGGUAAUCGCCUCGCCCGAAACCGUCCCGGGAACCGGUGCACUUUUUAAGGCGGGGGUGGGGCUGGCGUAUGCACGCUGCUUGGGUUGGGAUUCUGACACAGCGAGCCCCGGAUGCCCUUCACGUUCAGGUCGGUGUACAGCAGCCCGGGUGGGACUUCCUGAAUAAAUAAACGUAAGGAUGCUUUUCAGCCCUCCGUCCCUUCCUUAUGUCUGGGGCCAUGAAGUACAGUUAAUCUGACACCAUCAAAUCUUGCUCAAGUUUUAUAGGCAUUAGUGUCAACAUAAAGUGGUAUAUAGUGACAGUGUUAGGGAGACAUGGGACAGGUUACACUGAGUGUAAUCUGGAGCAAGUACUGAUUUCUAAAUAAAACCGGUUUGUUUCUUGUACGGAAGCCUCUGCCUCCACAAAAAAAUUAGUCUUUAACAUGAAUAAGAUGUGAUCUUAGCUUGUGUUGCAUUGAAUGAGCUUUUGAUUUUUGGUUUGCUACAAGCAGUUAAGGCUGUCAGACAUAAUAAGUCUAGGAAAGGAGACACAGUCCCCCUUUUUGGUGUACUUUUCCAGUUGCUUUGAAAUCGUUCAGCUCUUCAGAGCAGUGUCCUGCCCUGUUGGUGCUUUAGUGUUGGGCUGGGACUCAUUCUGAUACAGGUGACUCUAAAUUGCAACUAUGUGCCGUGGCCAGAGCUGACAGCAAAAAGAAAACUGUAUUAUGUUUUCAUACCAUACCGAAGUUUGAUGACACUGCCAGCUUACGUGGUACCAGAAGUUAACCUUGUGGUGUGUGUGUGCCCGCGUGGGAGGAGGACAGUGGGAACGGUAAGGAAGGAAAUACAUUUUCUGUGGAGAGUUGAAAAUGAAAGCAAACAUACCGAAUUUACCAUCAUUAUCAUAAUAAAAUAACAAGCUGUGUCAGUGCUGACCUCUGAACUGCCGCCCUCAGCCUCCACUGCUGCAGUCGAAUGGGUCCGAAUCUGAUCCUGUGUUAAGUGCCAGGGUUUGGUUAUAUCCAGAAGCCCUGUAUUAAAUUCUGCUCCUUCGGGCUUUAUUUGUAGAGUUAAAUAAAGGCUUUAACAUUCUGCCUGGAUGGAUACAGCCCACACACUCAUACAUAAAUGCAUGUGUGUUUUUCAGACAGGCUCCUGAAGUAUUUGGAGAACAGACUGAGUGGUAAAGCAGACGCUGACCUUGAAACGGUCUCUAAAGUGCCUCCUCCUUUGCUCUGUAGCCCAGGCUGGCCUCGAACUCACGGAGUUCUGCCUGCCUCUGCUUCCCCAGUGCCACCACCGCCCGACACAUAUCUCCCUCCUUCUUGCAUUAGUUGAUACAUAGCCUGCUUUCCUUCUCUGUGUGAUUAGUCCUGGUCUACUCUUUGGGCUGUUACAUAUGUGGACUGUAAAUUAGUUUUUACAUUGCCACCAGGCAGUGAAGGACCAAUUUGUUUUUCCAAAUGGGUAUUUGUAAUUAUUUUUAACCUCAGUUUUUUUUGGUAAUUGAGUUAAUGAUGUUUAAAAAUUGAUUGUGAGUAGAUGAGUAUGAUUUAGGAUUUUGCUAACAUUGCACUAAUUCCUUUCUGUUGAAUGU